UACUUCUUGCACAACCUCCGCCACACCUACAUUCAGCCAUGGCCGCCGCUCCUCCUCCGCUGAAAGAUGAGCUAGACAUUGUGAUUCCGACGAUCCGGAACCUGGACUUCCUGGAGAUGUGGAGGCCGUUCUUCCAGCCGUACCACCUGAUCAUAGUCCAAGACGGCGAUCCCACGAAGACGAUCAAGGUCCCUGAUGGCUUCGACUACGAGCUGUAUAAUCGCAAUGAUAUCAACAAGAUCCUCGGUCCUAAGGCUUCCUGCAUCUCUUUCAAGGACUCCGCUUGCAGAUGCUUUGGCUAUAUGAUCUCCAAGAAGAAGUACAUUUUCACUAUUGAUGAUGACUGCUUUGUUGCAAAAGACCCCUCCGGCAAACAGAUAAAUGCUCUGGAGCAACACAUCAAGAAUUUGCUCUCUCCAUCAACCCCACUUUUCUUCAACACCCUCUAUGAUCCAUUUCGGGACGGCUCAGAUUUCGUGCGUGGGUACCCUUUCAGCCUCCGGGAAGGCGUCCCGACCGCCGUCUCUCAUGGCCUCUGGUUGAACAUACCUGACUAUGAUGCCCCUACACAGCUUGUCAAGCCUCGUGAGAGAAACACCAAGUAUGUUGAUGCAGUGAUAAGUAUUCCAAAGGGCACCCUCUUCCCCAUGUGUGGCAUGAACCUCGCGUUCGACCGCGAUCUCAUCGGCCCCGCCAUGUACUUCGGCCUGAUGGGAGACGGUCAGCCCAUCGGCCGAUACGACGAUAUGUGGGCUGGCUGGUGCACCAAGGUGAUCUGCGACCACUUGGGACUGGGAGUGAAAACUGGGCUGCCAUACAUUUGGCACAGCAAGGCAAGCAACCCGUUCGUGAACCUGAGGAAAGAAUACAAAGGCAUAUUCUGGCAAGAAGAGAUCAUCCCUUUCUUCCAGGCCGUCACACUGUCCAAAGAAGCCACAACUGUCCAGAAGUGCUACCUGGAACUCUCCAAACAGGUUGAAGACAAGCUGGGGAAAGUGGACCCUUAUUUUGUGAAGCUUGCAGACGCAAUGGAGACGUGGAUUCAGGCAUGGGAUGCGCUUAAUCCCCCCAACUCCAACUCCAACUCCAAGUCCAAGUCCAAGUCCAAGUGAAGAAGAAGACUUGAUGAUAUUAUUAGGACAUGACUACUUUUCUCAACUUGUUAGGGGUUUUCAGGUUGCUGUUUUUCGGUGAUCAGUUUGUGAUCAUUAAUGUUCUUGGUUUUAGGAGAUCUCGGUAGCUUCUUUCCUUUUUGGAGUACCAUACGUAGUUUGUGAUUUCGUUUUGAGUUAAUUCUCUGAUUGCAGCUAAUGUUUUUAUGAUGGUUGAGUGUUC